AAAAUUUAAUUUCAUGAUGUUAGCAUUACUGUUUUGUAGAGUUCUUAUAUUUCGAACCAUUUCUACAUUUUUGGGAAUCGCUCUUGAAAUCUUUCAAAUCUCGUCCAAAUUUUUAAAAUAAUUUUUGGAAAAAGUUUAUUGCAAAUACGUCAACCUGGUUACUGAACAUUUUGUGCAAAGAUUUCAAAAAAAUAUUUAUAUUUAAUUGUGUAAAAGAAUUACAGUGCUUUGCUUUGGUUAUAGCAAUUGUAUUGGAAACGGUGUUGUGUUGGUUAAUAAAAGGGAAGAGAAAAAACAGACGACGUGAAGCUGCCGAUCAAAGCAAAAGCCAAAAAUAAGGUGCAAAAUUCAGCACAUUAAAAUAAAAAAUUGCAUUUGUAUUAUUGGCCACCUGAGCAAAAUGGGUAAAAUGUAUAUAUGCAUAUAGAACAAAAAGUAAAUUAGUCAAAUAUUUUUUAAAAACAUAUAAAUUUACAACGUCCACACCCAUUUACGUUGCAUAUGUAUAUAUACAAGUAUGAAAAAGAGUGACCUAAAUCAGAGCAUAACCGAAGUGACAAUUGACACAGCUUCCAGCGACGACAAUACAGUAACGAACCAGGAAGCAGCUACUCAUGAUUCUCUACCAGCUUCGUCAGCUGACUUAGCAAAAAUGGAUAGGAAUUCUUCAACUACUUCACUGACGGCAUUGGCGACAGUGACACAAGUACGGGAAACGUCUGAUCCAGUCGAAGUAAAUGAUGAUCAACAAGCAACAGCAUUGGCUGCCGCAACGUCAAUGGAAGCUAUAAAAAGCGACGGAGGGGUGGAUGAACUAGGUGAACGAAGUUGUUGGAUAUGUUUUGCAACUGACGAGGAUAACCGUCUAGCACCAUGGGUGCAGCCAUGUAAAUGUCGCGGUACCACUAAGUGGGUACAUCAAAGUUGUCUCUACCGCUGGGUGGAUGAGAAACAAAAGGGCAACGCCAUGCGUGCCGUUACUUGUCAACAGUGCCAAACCGAGUAUAUUAUUGUUUUCCCACAAAUGGGUAAAGUUGCCAAUUUACUCGAAGCUUUCGAUAAUUUGAUUAAACGUCUAAGUCCAUUCCUUGCGGCCGGAAUUUUUGUUGGGUCAUUAUAUUGGACAGCGGUUACUUACGGAGCAGUGACUUUUCUCCAGAUUGUUGGCCAUAAAAAUGGUUUGGCUUUAAUGGAGAAUGGCGAUCCAUUGAUAUUAUUGAUUGGAUUACCCGCUAUACCGGUUGGUUUAGUGUUGGGCCGCAUGAUUCGUUGGGAGGAUGCGGUGAUUAAAUUGAUUCGCAACCGCCGGAAUGUUGCAAGAAAAUUACCACUGAUGAACCUCAUUAUACCUCAUCCUGAAGAGGAAGAGGAUCCAAUCCCGCAAAAUCCCGCAACACCCACGUUGUCAGAUCCAGUAUCAGCAACUCGUAUAUUUUGCGGAGCCCUUAUCCUACCAACCAUAUCAACUAUAGUUGGACGCUUACUUUUCGAAUCAAUUGAAAACACCCUGCAUCGUACACUUCUCGGUGGAUUGACGUUUAUUGCAGUCAAAGGAAUCUUAAAGAUUUAUCUGAAACAACAACAGUACACACGGAGGAAGAAGCGCCGUAUUGUAGAUUACACUGAUGAGAAUGUGCGCACUUUUGUGAAUCGGAGCUCGUCUCGCCAUCAUGGUGCCGGUACUGGAGGUGGUGGUGAUGUGGCACAGCCUGCUGUUGCGGGACCAUCAGCCGGUUCAACUCCUCAGUCUCAAAGGGAUGCAAACAUAGCUCAAGCGGCAAGUGAACGGAUUAGCAUGGUUUAAAUAGUCAUUUAAUUUGAAUAGUUGACGACAUUGAAACAUUACAGUUGCAACACAAAUAGUAAACCUUAACCUUGGCUUACCAACACACUCUAUAGUAAAUACCCAUGCUUGUUGCGGUAAAACGAGUUGAAGUUAAUUUUGGUUAUUAUUUUAUUAAUGACAUAAUCUUUACAAAUACCAAAUUGAUAUAAUGUAAAAAAAAAUUUACAAUGUAAAAGUAGGUAUAAAAAAAUUGAAAACCUAUUAUGAAAAAAAUUGUAAUUUCACUGGAAAUAAAAUUAAUAUUAUAUACGUAUAUGUAAUAUAAACUCUACGCCACAUUAAGUGGUGCAGUUUCA